AUAACCUUCCUUAUGUCAAACAAAAUAACCAAACGAACGAACGCUUGUUGGCUUGGAGAGUUUUCGUUUGUGAAUUUUGAGAUCGAUUUUUCACAGAAGUAACUGCUAGUAAAUAAUUAUUUAGUUUUAGGUUAGCUACAAUCAGCCAAGAUGGGGCGCCGUUCCAUAAAUACCACUAAAAGUGGUAAAUACAUGAAUCCUACAGAUCAAGCAAGAAAAGAAGCAAGGAAAAAGGAAUUGAAGAAGAAUAAACGGCAGCGGCAGAUGGUGAGAGCCGCUGUACUGAAGAUGAAAGAUCCCACUCAGAUCUUGGAGGAGCUACAGAAAAUUGAUGAAAUGGAGUACAACGUCUUACAACCGUCACCGCUGAACGAAAAAGUUUUAAAAGAGAAAAGAAAAAAAUUAAGGGAGACUUUUGAUAGAGUUCUGAAGAUGUAUGAUAAAGAUGACCCAGAAAAAUGGGUGGACCUCAAACGUCAGGAAAUGGAAUAUGAGAAAAGGAGGGCCCAUUUGAUAUCAUACUACGAAUCUGUGAAGCAUGCCCAGUCAGUACAAGUGGAUGAUAUUCCUUUGCCUACUUUACAAGUACCAGAUAACCUCAUAUUUAGUAAUGUACCCUCACAAAUACCUCUACCUAUUGACGCAGUGCAUCCUGUGGUUGUCAAACCUAUACUGAAGAAAGAUUCUGCAUACAAAGAACGGCCGGUUGGCGUAGAACCGCCUGGCGUGCCCCCAGGCCCGCCGUGUGACUUCGAGAUCUUAGUACUGGAAAAGGAAAAGCAUGCUAAAGUACUGCGCUUCUCUGAUAUGCCGGAUGAAGGACCACCUGGGGAGUGUGCACCAUUACCAAAGGUUCAAGUUCAAGCGAAACCAGUUCCCGAAAACAUAGACGGGGAAGUCGUUGAAGAUGAUUCAGUGAAUCCUCAAGCGAACGCCGCGACUCAAGCACCCAAACCGACGUCCUUACAGCAACGCAUGUUAGCGCUAUCUGGUCAGAACAUUGAUGACUUUAUGAAGGAAAUGGAAGAGGUGCAUCGGAAGAGGGAGAGAGAUCGGGCUGCGGAUUUGAAUGCUAGAUUAAGCGCCCUCAAACGUUCGGGCGGUGGUCGCGACAGUGACUCGGACAGCGAGCCGGAGGGAGGCCCGCACGUGCCGCACGUGGCGCCGCCAGACUUCACGCUCGAGCCGCCCGGCGCCGAGCUCAGGCAGAUGCCGCCGCCGCUCUUACCUCCUGGUCUCCGGCCACCACCUCUCCGUGCGCCAUUAGCGCCGCCACUCCGUCUGGGCCCGCCCGGGCCACCUCCCGGUCCCCCCGGACCACCGCCCGGGCCCCCGGGACCACCGCCUACAGGCCUUCCCCGCGGCAUGCUACGCCCGCCGGGCCCGCCGCCGGGAGCUCCGCCCCGCCUGCUGCGGCCGCUGGCGCCGCCGCCGCCGCCCAAACCGCAUCCACAGCUCUCCGUGCUCAGUGCAGCACCGCAGCUUAUUACUAAGAAGGAUGCUCAGCAAGGUGCAACAAUCAGUGCCAAACCACAGAUAAGGAAUCUAUCAGCCGACGUCACCAGAUUCGUGCCGUCAGCUCUAAGAGUCAAACGCGAGGACAAAAAGCCUAAGCCGGGAAUCAAAUCCGGGGCCAUACAGAGGCCGGCUGACAUACCUAAACAAGUGCCGAGCAAGGACGACGCUUAUAUGCAGUUCAUGAAGGAAAUGGAAGGACUUUUGUAGCGAGUUAUAAGACUAGGUGUUUUUAGGUCAUGCGAUUUUCAACUUUUAGUGAGAGAGUUAAGGUUCAAUUUUGAUUGUUGGGGCUUGACCGUGAGUAAGAAACAAAGGAACUAUGAAUUUGAAAAUCCUUUGAUUAGAUGGCAGAGUACUUCGUUCUGUCCUAGUCUAACUACUGACUCCAGUAAUGGAAUAUAAUUUAUAAAUAAUCUAAGACAAUAUUCACUCUAAAAAUCAGUCUUUAACAGUCAUUUGUACGGAAUCGUACUUCUGACGUGAAGAUGGAAAUAUUUCUAAAAAUACGACACAGUAACGUAUUUUUAUAUUAGGUUAAUACGAUUCGGUAACAUUAUCGUCGAUAUACUUUUAAUUGAAAUACUAUUUUCUUUUAGCAACUGAUUUUCAAAAUGGCUUCGAAUAGCCACAGCAUGCCCAAAGUCAUAACAACGUGCUAGCCUACGAUCUAAUUUUGUAAAUACUAUGUUUAGGUUAUAAGUAUGGAAUAAUAAAAUGAUUUUAACGUU